UCCUCAUGCCAAUAUAUAAAUAAUCCUUAUAGUGCUAAGAGAUCAUGACCGCAUCCUGAAGAGUCAAGAUUGGGGUGCAAAAGUUUCCUGCUCCCAACAUCUUCCAAAACCUCACCCAACAUGCUCUGUUAUUGAAAAUGUGAACAACUUCUUUACACAAAAAAUUGAUCAGAAAUCAAGAAAAACAAGAACUUGAUCAACAUCCCUUUCGUCUAACUAUGGGUGGUUCUGAUGAUGAUGAUCACAAGAAAGGUGUCAACCAGAAGAUCAUGCUUGCCAUGUUCUUGUGUUCUUUCGGCUUUGUGUUGCUGUUAGUUCUUCUCCAUCUUUACUCUAGACAUCGGCUAAGAAGACAGCAAAGGAGACACCAUGCCAUAUUCUUUCAUGGUCUAGGAAGGGAAUCCACACCGGAUAUAGAAGAAUCUAUUGAGCCACAAAAGCGAGGGCUUGAUCCUUUGGUCAUAUCCUCACUUCCUUUGUUCACAUAUAAGCUAGCUGACCAGACUGAUCACGGUGAACCUGUGGAGUGCUCAAUUUGCUUGGGUACAAUAAUGGAAGGAGACACGGUCAGGGUGUUACCAAAUUGUAAACACACGUUUCAUGUAGAGUGUAUUGAUAUGUGGCUUGGGUCACAUUCAACAUGUCCCACAUGUCGAACCGAAGCAGAGCCUAUGAUCCAGCCAGCCGGGGAGAAGGCCAUGAACAGUGGUGCCGAACCUUCAGCUCCGCCUAUAGAGGGAAAUAUGGUACAUGGCGGUGAUCAAAUAGAGAAAGAAGGUGGAUCAGAGUUGAGAGUAACAUCUUUUCGCGGGAUACCUACAUGGGAGAGAUAAUCAAGGACUCGGAGCUGUAGAGAUGAAAAUAUUGGUGCAGAGGAAGAUGAAUAUUAUGUCAUAGGUAUGUAAUUCUUAUAGUCUUUUGUUACCACUCGUUCUGUAUCAUUAUUUUAAUGAAGGUAUAUCAGAAUCUGGGGAAGAGUCUGUGUAGAUUCAUUUCUUCAUAUUGAAUCAUGUCUUCUUUUUUUUUCGGAGUCUUAUUUGAAUGGUUUUCGUGGAUAGGCUUU